UCCUCUUAAGAAAUUCCAUGAAACGUUCAUAACUUUGCAUCGAUUGCUGGUGCCAUACAUAUCUAUUGCUUGUUCCUCAUUACCCUCAGAAGAUUAGUUAGAAUGUACAAAGUUGUGCAUCAUUUAGUUAGAAUGUCAGGCGAACAGUGGAGAUCUAACAAAUACAACAUGUAGCAACAAAUCAAUAGAGUAGUUGCUUAACACGUCUUGUUUCUCUCUAAAUAUUUCUGCUCGGUGAUGUUUAAAGCUAAAAUCUUUUUAUGUACAGCAACAAGCUGAUCCACACAAGCAAGAACCAUCUCGAGCGAAGGUAUACAAAGAAUCUAGGUUGAGAGAUUCGAAAAAGACAUACAAAACAAGCUUCGUGAAAACAAAAGACAAAAUUGAACAAAUGGAGACUUUAGCAUCUAAAGAACACGAAGAAGGUGCUAAUAGUGAGGAUCCAUACAAUCAAGUGAUUAAAAAGGUGGAGCAUAGUGGACGUGUUCGCCUCUAUGGGAAAGGUGUGACCAAAACUGAUCUAAAGAAAGGGGGCACCAAAUGUCGCUACAUAAUUCCUCAAGAAUUCCUUCAAAGCAUUCAAACGGGGUUGGUAGAACAACUACGAGAAGCUAAUCCUGGUAUAGAUCUUGUAGUUCCCGACGUCCAAGUAUCUUCUACUACAAGAGAUGCAACUACUACAAGCAAUGAAGCCAUUGAGCAGAAUGGUGAACAAGAAUUAACUUCCGGGACGGACUUGUUAAAUCAGGUACAUGAAGGAGACAAAAAUGUAUCCCAUGAUCAAGAACAAUUGCAAUCGCAUAAAUGACAAGUUCUUGACUACGGAUCUCGCCUAAAAGUGGAGCAUGAUUUUGGAAUUAAUUGGACGUAUAAUUAGUAAGAAAUCUUUUUUUUUUUUUUGGUACUAUAUUUACGCUACAAUCAAGUAGAUAUAUUUUGGUGCAUACAUUAUUUUAGGUUGGAAGUAAAUAUGUUUUGGUGGUCAAACUACUAUUGGGAUUUGAUAUAUAUAUACGAUAGUAUUAUAUUAAGUACUUGGUAUUGUAAAUCGUCAAACGAUUGGAUGCUAUAUUUGGAUAUAUUUAUGGCUCUUUUUGGAAUCUAAAUUAUCAUCAUGUUUAUUUGGAAUUUUUUAAAUUAUUUCAACUUUGCAUCAACAUCAAAUUAAUAGGUCUAUGUAUCCAUAUUUAAUUUAUAGAUACGUUGUAGUAGCUUCAAUAUGCAAAAAGAGGAAAUUGCAACGGUUCAUGGGAUACUAUAGAGGCGUUGCAUUAGAUUUUGAAAUGUGUUGCAUCAUAUGUGAUGCAACGGUUCAUGGGAUACCACAGAGGCGUUGUAUUAGGCUUUAAUAUGUGUUGCAUCAUACGUAAUGCAACGGUUCAUGGGAUACCAUAGAGGCGUUGCAUUAGCCGAUAAACAUGCGUUGCUUCAGAUGUAUUGCAACGGGUAUUUGGCGUUGCAACUGGCCGUUGCAUUAGGCGU